AUGGCGAACCUCACCCUCGUCUCCAAGCCAAUCGGCCCCAUCGGCUACGGCCUCAUGGGACUGACAUGGCGCGCGCACCCGCAGCCGGCCAGCGACAGCUUCAAAGCAAUGUCGACGGCGCUGGCGCAGGGCGCCAACUUCUGGAACGGCGGCGAGCUCUACGGCACAGCGGAGCGCAACUCGUGCCAUUUGCUGAAGGAGUAUUUCACGCAGAACCCGCAGGACGCGGACAAAGUGGUGCUCAGCAUUAAGGGCGGGUGUCUUCCUGGCACGGCGAUCCCGGACGGCUCGCCGCAGAACGUGCGGCGCAGCGUGGAGGAAUGUCUGCGAGUUCUGGACGGGACGAAGAAGAUCGACAUUUUCGAGUGCGCGCGUCUCGACCCCAAGACGCCGCUGGAAGUGACCAUCGGCACGCUCGCCGAGCUGGUCAAGGAAGGCAAGAUCGGCGCCAUCGGUCUGUCGGAGGUCAAGGCGAGCACGAUUGAAAAGGCCCAUGCCAUCCACCCCAUCGCUGCCGUCGAAGUCGAGGUGUCGCUGUGGACGCCGGACAUUCUGACCAACGGCGUCGCCGCGACCUGUGCGAAACUGGGCAUCCCCAUUGUCGCGUACAGCCCGCUCAGUCGGGGCGCGUUGGCCGGCACGAUUCGCAAGAACUCCGACAUCCCCGAGGGCGAUAUCCGCCGGCUGCUGCCGCGGUUCCAGGACGAUGUGCUCAGCCACAACAAUCGCAUUGUCGAUGAGGUCCAGCGGCUGGCCGACAAGAAGGGCGUGACCAAGGCCCAGAUUGCCAUCGCUUGGGUCAGAGGUCUGAGCGGUCGGACUAUCACCACAGAAAAUGGAGAGAAGGUCAAGUUGGGGACCAUCAUUCCAAUCCCUGGCGCGACCACGCCGGAGAGAGUCGUGGAGAAUACUCAAUUGAUCGACUUGACGCAGCAGGAGAUGGAGGAGCUCGAGGAGAUCAUCAAGAAGAUCCCCGUCAAGGGUGAUCGAUAUCAUCCCCAGGGCAUGGCUGUGGUCAACAUGUAA